UCCGCAUGGGGCAUUUUAGGAGCGGGUCCGCAUGGGGCAUUUUAGGAGCAGGUCCGCAUGGGGCAGCCUGACCGAGGAAAGGAAGUGGCACGUAGCACAGACAUUCAUUUUCCCUUCCCUCCCACAGGGGCUGCAGUCACAGACAGAGCACUGGGCUCACGGGGGCUGGAGACACAGGACGGUGCAAGGAGGGAGAGGUGGGAGGUGUCCCUCCUCCUCCUGACCCCUCCAGCAGCUGGAUGUGGCCUUUCCCCUUCACUCUGCGCUCUUGGGCUCCCAGAAGAGCGCCGGGUCUCCUGUGGGUGCCCGGUUCUAGGGGCUUCUCUCCCCCGCCAGUCUGAGCAAGGAGACGGAGCUGCUGACGGGACUCCCAUUCGCUCCGGCGUGCACCCUCUUGGGUUGAACUGGAAUAGAAACCCCAGAAUUUCAGGACGUGGGAGAGCUCAUGGCCUCUGCCACUGCAGCCAGGCGGCUGGUGGCCACCGGGGUGCUGCUGUGCAUGUUGCUUUGGGAGGCAGCGGCUCGGGACCUCCUCCGGAGCCCCCGGGAGCAGAAGACAGAGCACUCCCUCCUGAUAAACGAGCUCAACGCAGACAACCCGGGGGAAGACACCUCUGAGUUUGUGGAGCUCUACCACACCAGCGGCCGAGCGGCCCCCUUGGAUAGCUACUGCCUGGUCUUUUACAAUGGCAAUGGCAACCAAGCCUACAAAGUCCUCAACCUCCAGGGCACAGUCACCGAUCAUCAAGGCUUCUUUCUUGUUGGGUCUUCCACGGUGAAACCCCGGCCCUCCGUCAUCUUGCCGAAGAACACAAUCCAGAACGGGCCUGACGCCAUUGCCCUGUAUCACGGGGAGGGGAGCUGCCGGGAGGGCAUGAGGGUCACCAGCGAGGGACUGGUGGAUGCCUUGGUCCACACGUCGAGGAGGAGCGACCGAGCAGAUGCGCUGCUCAGCGUGCUGACCCCCAGCAGGGAUGCUUUCCUGGAGGACCCGUCCUUCAGGACCACAGACGAGUCGAUAGAAAGAUGCCCUGGGGCAGGUUCUCAGUGGGUCUUCCAAGUGGCCACGCCCACCCCAGGCAAGGAGAACCACUGCAUCCCCACUUCCCUGCUGACCGCGCUGAUCAGCGAGGUCCACGCGGGCAGCUCGCCUGGGGAGUCGGCGUUCAUUGAGCUCCAGGGACCCCCCUCCACUGUCCUGAGGGACCUGGUGCUGGUGCUGAUCGAAGGGCGGACCAGAGAGGUGUAUUUCUGCAUGGACGUCUAUGGCAAGACCUCUCCCGACGGCUUAUUCCUCAUUGGUCCUGCACAAGCCAGAACCCCAGCUGACCUGCCGUUCCCGCCAAACUCCAGCAGCCCUCUCCUCGGCACUGGCCCCCAAGCCAUCGCCCUGUAUGCCGGAAACAGCAGCAGCUUCCCCGUGGGGGGAGCAGCAUCUGCUACCAACCUGCUGGAUGCUUUAGUGUACGUGCGCCAGGGGAGCGCAGACCCAGAGCUCCUGGAGAUCCUGACCCCGGGGAGGCCUGCCCUCGAGACUCACAGCCACCAGCCGGGCAACGUGUCCGUGAGCCGGUGCAGCUGCUGCUCUGUGACCCGGGACUCCUCCAUCUUCACCCUCGGCAGCCCCACCCCCAGACAGCUCAAUGACUGUCCCAGCAGCCGCUUCAGCCAGGCCGUCUCCCUCUGCCUCCGGGUAGCAGAUUGCCACCGGCAGCUCCCGGGAGCCCGGGAGAUACAGACGGCUCUAGCCCAGGCCCUUGACGAGCUGUGUCGCUGUGGCGCGUCUGUUGUGUACUUGAAAGGCUUCCUCCUUGACGUGCACUGGGGACCAGGUUAUGGCUCUUCCCAAGUUCAGCUGUGUGGCAGCAGCAGUCCCUGUGUAGUGACCCUCCAGGCAGCACGUGGCGCACAGAACCUGACCACAAGUCUGUCAACAGCCUGGACCAGGAUUCUCUUGCCAAAUUCUGCGGCUGGAAGCUAG